AAAAAAACUAAGAAGAUGGCUGAACAAGCUCUGAUAAGCGGUCGAAAGUUAUGCGACCGCCUACGAGAAACGAUGGCUAGCCACCUUAAGGAACUCCAGCUAUUCUUCUCCGGAAUUGAGAGCAAUGGCAAAGGAAUACUGAAAUUAAACCAAAUAGAGGCUGCUUUUGAAUCACUUCCACAAGUUGCUCAAGAAAAGUUUCUACAAGGUCCAUUUGGACAACUCUUCAAAUUCACACAAGAAGCAAUUGUCUUGCCACCAUGGGUGGCUCUCGCGGUUCGAUUGAGGCCGGGUGUGUGGGAAUAUGUGAGAAUUAAUGUCAAUGCGCUUGUUAUUGAGGAACUAACCGUUCCUCAAUACCUCGGGUUCAAGGAAGAACUCGUCGAAGGCCCGCUCAAUGGUAACUUUGUUUUCGAACUGGAUUUCGAGCCAUUCACCACCGACUCAUUUCCUCGUCCUACUCUAUCGAAAUCCAUCGGUAAUGGAGUUGAUUUUCUCAACCGACAUCUCUCGGCUAAAAUCUUCCAUGACAAAGAUAGCAUGACUCCUCUUCUCGAUUUCCUCAAGGCCCAUCAUCAUGUUAACACGAACUUGAUGUUGAACGACAAGAUUCAGGAUAUCGACUCCUUGAAACGUGUUCUUCAGGAUGCUGACGACUACUUGUCUGUUUUAAGACCGGAAACUUCGUGCUCAGAGUUCGAAGAGAGUUUCCGAGAGAUUGGGUUGGAGAAAGGGUGGGGAGACACGGCCGAACACGUAUUGGAAAUGAUCCGAAUGUUGUUGGAUCUUCUAGAGGGGCCGGAUCCGUUUACACUCGAGAAGUUCCUUGGAAGAAUCCCUAUGGUUUUCAAUGUGGUAAUCCUUUCUCCACAUGGUUACUUUGCUCAAGAAAAUGUAUUGGGUUAUCCCGACACUGGUGGCCAGGUUGUCUACAUUUUGGAUCAAGUUCCAGCUUUGGAGAAGGAAAUGCUUAAAAGAAUCAAGCAACAAGGGCUCGACAUCGUCCCUCGCAUUCUCAUUGUGACUCGUCUUCUUCCAGAUGCGGUUGGAACGACAUGCAGCGAACGAGUCGAGAAAGUGUACAAUUCAGAACAUGGACAAAUCCUUCGAGUUCCUUUUAGGACAAAAGAAGGGAAGGUUGUUCGCAAAUGGAUAUCGCGUUUUGAGGUGUGGCCAUAUAUCGAGACAUUCACUGAGGAAGUUGCUCAAGAACUCGCUAAAGAGUUGAAAGGUAAGCCCGACUUGAUCAUUGGGAACUACAGUGAAGGAAAUCUCGUGGCCUCAUUGCUUUCCCACAAACUUGGAGUAGUUCAGUGUACAAUUGCCCAUGCACUUGAGAAGACAAAGUACCCGGAUUCUGACCUCAACUGGAAGAAAUUUGACGACAAGUACCAUUUUUCGAGCCAGUUCACAGCCGAUCUUAUAGCGAUGAAUCAUACAGAUUUCAUCAUCACAAGUACUUUCCAAGAAAUCGCUGGAAGCAAGAACACUGUAGGACAGUACGAGAGUCAUACUGCCUUCACAAUGCCAGGACUAUACCGAGUCGUCCAUGGAAUUGACGCGUUCGAUCCCAAAUUCAACAUUGUUUCUCCCGGAGCCGACACCAACAUAUAUUAUCCCUACACCGAGCAAGAGAAAAGGCUGACUGAUUUCCAUCCUGAGCUUGAAGAGCUUCUAUUCAGUAACAUUGUAAAUGAAGAGCACUUAGGUGUGCUGGAAGAUCGGAACAAGCCAAUCAUAUUCACAAUGGCGAGGUUGGAUCGUGUUAAGAACCUAACCGGGCUAGUGGAAUUAUACGGGAAGAACAAACGGUUGAGGGAACUGGCAAACCUAGUUGUGGUAGGCGGGGAUCGUAGAAAGGAAUCGAAGGAUUUGGAAGAACAAGCGGAGAUGAAGAAGAUGUAUGAUCUGAUAGAGACGUAUAAUUUGAAGGGCCAAUUCAGGUGGAUUUCUUCGCAAAUGAACCGUGUUAGGAACGGGGAACUCUAUCGAUACAUAGCCGAUACAAAAGGUGUGUUUGUUCAGCCUGCGUUCUAUGAGGCCUUCGGUUUGACGGUUGUCGAGUCUAUGACAUGUGGCUUGCCCACGUUUGCCACUUGUUAUGGCGGUCCUUUCGAGAUCAUUGUCCAUGGUAAGUCCGGAUUCCAUAUUGAUCCAUAUAAUGGAGAUGAGGUGUCCAAUCUUCUAGUGAAUUUCUUCGAGAAGAGCCAUGAAGAUCCUUCUCAUUGGGAUAAGAUCUCUCUAGGAGGGCUAAAAAGGAUUGAGGAGAAGUAUACAUGGCAAAUAUACUCGGAGAAGCUGAUGACGCUUACUGGGGUGUAUGGGUUUUGGAAGUUCGCGUCGAAAUUGGAACGUCGACAAGCAACGCGUUACAUUGAGAUGUUCUAUGCUCUCAAGUAUAGCAAGAUGGCUGAGUCAGUUCCUCUAGCUGUUGACUAGGUAAUAUUUGAGUUUAUGGUGGAGGCAAGGCAAAUGAGGACUUUUCUAUCCAAACCAAAGAGGCUGAAAGAAGAACUAUCUCAAAAUUACUAUAUAUAUAUAUAUGUUUGGUGUCUUUGUGUUAUUGUUUCCUUGUGAUGGAGAUUGCAAAGCUCCAUGUAUUGAAUUGUUUGAUUUCAAUCCAAGUUCGAUCCCCAAAUGUUUGGGUUUUCAAUAUUUGUAUGUUCAGUUGUUUACAACUCAACUAGUUGAGUUGUGCAACAUAUCAUUUGUAUUGAUUGAAUAAAAAGUUUUUCUUCUUAU